GAUGAGGGCAAAGGAGAAGUGAAAGAGUAAAACUAUAAUAACAACCACAAAAUAUUACUUCCUCCUCAAGGCUUUUGUGAAAAAUCAUAGAAAUGCUCUUCUUACAGCCUGAGGAGGACUCUCAUGGAACUGACAUUCACAAAGCUUCUCUCCUUACUGUGGUUACAUUUAACUCUCUUGGAACAGAACAGAAGAAUUUAGGCUGGCCAGGACCUCCGGAGACCAUCUGGUCCAACCCUUGCUCAUGGCACAACUACUCUCAAAGCCGGGUCAGGCUGCUUGGGUUCUUAUCCAGUUGAGUUAUGGAGACUCGACCUCCUCCCUGUUCCAGUGUUCCCCUGCUCUUCCCGUGGGAAGUAGAGCGGUUCAGCUCCUGAUGGAAGAGCAAAACUUUAUCACGGAGAUCCCGGCAGUCCUGAAGCGUCUGGCCAAAUAUGUAGUGCGUGGUUUCUAUGGAGUGGAGUAUUCCCUGGCCCUCGAUGUACUGAUCCGCUACCCCUGCGUGAAGGAGGACGACUUGUUACAGCUGCUCAAGUACGAACGGAAACAACUGCGUACCGUCCUCAACACGCUCAAGGCCGACAAGCUCGUGAAGCUGCGGAUGCGAGUUGAAACGGGGCCUAACGGGAAGAGCACAAGGCAUAAUUACUAUUACAUCAAUUACAAGGUGCUGGUGGACGUGGUAAAAUACAAACUGGAUCACGUACGCCGGAAAAUAGAGGCGGAUGAGAGGGAUUCAACUACCCGGUCCUCCUUUAAAUGUCCAUCUUGCUCCAGCACUUACACGGACCUGGAAGUCAAUCAGCUCUUUGAUAUAUUUACAGAGACUUUCCGCUGCACUUACUGCAACACUGAAGUGGAAGAAGACGCCUCGGCGCUUCCCAAGCGCGACGCUCGAACCCUGCUCGCCAAAUUCAACGAGCAGAUCGAACCCAUCUUCGCGCUGCUGCGGGAGACUGAGGAUAUCGUUCUGCCGUACGACCUGCUGGAGCCUCAGCCAACAGAAAUACCCGAGUUAUCAGAAAGCUUUGAUCAGAAGGUGGGUUCGAGUGUGCUGGAAUCCUGCGGCCGACCUGAAAAAUGGGCCAACAGAAGUUCCUCUUUUGACAAUAUGUACACCCAAAACUGGGUUAUCGAUGUCCAAGACUCUGAGCCCAAGAAGAAAACGAGAGAGAAAGCAACUAAAGAGCAACCUAUCUGGAUGUCAGAGAGCACCGUGGAAGGAGCAACAACGGCCAACAACAGCGUGGGAGUAAAUGCUUCUGAAGAAACUGAAGAAAGCGUUAAAGAAACCGUCACCAAUAACGAAAUCAUCAAGACUCUUCUGAUCCACGAAUCCAAGUCAUCAUCUAGCACAGACCAGGUUCCUGUUGUCAGAAGCAAACUACCUGAGUCGGGCAGUGACACCAGUGACUCUGAAGAUGCCAAGCACUCCAGAGGAGCAGGAACGCAAGCAGCUGGCAGCAACUCUGACCAAGAGGAACAGGAAACGCAAGGUCCGAUUUUAAUGGUAGCUGGUCAGCCGCGUUCAUAUGCCGAAGUCAGUGAAAAUCCAGAGCUUGUGUCUCUCAUGACAAAUGAGGAGAGAGAAGCUUAUAUAAAAGUAGGGCAAGAAAUGUUCCAGGCUGUCUUUGAAUAAAUAUUCUAUGAAUAUGCAACCUGUACAGAAUGGGUGAAGGUUUCUCUUGAAAUGAGACACUUAGUCUUACAGUUUAACUUAUGUUCUUCAAAGUUUACCACUGAAGAGUUAAGUUUUGUUUGAACUCCUUGUUGUUAUGCAAGGUAGCAACCCUGUAGAAAUAACUACAGUUCAAAACACUAGCAUUGCAGCAAAAGCAACCCGAAGUUGC